GAAAAUAAAUCUUCUAUGUGCACACCAUUAGGUCAGCAGGAAUGCCCGCUUUACCCCACUGAGUUGGCCUUUGCCUUGGACGCCUCUCAGGGGGUUAACCGUCAAGCCUUCAACAACAUGCGUGACACCGUCCUGCGCCUAGUCAAAGACAUUACCAUUGCAGAAAGUAACUGUCCAAGAGGAGCUCGUGUUGCUUUGACCUUAUACAACAGUGAAGUGACCACAGAGGUCCGCUUUGCAGAUGCAAUGAAGAAACGUGCCCUGGUCGAUCGCAUUGAAGGACUGCAGAUCCCACAGACAACAAAGCAACGCAACUUGGAAACAGCCAUGAGCUUUGUGGCCCAGAACACCUUCAAAAGAGUGCGGAGUGGUUUCCUCAUGAGGAAGGUGGCCAUCUUCUUUGUUGGCGGUCAAGUUGGUCAAGCACAAGGAAUUACUAAUGCAGCUCUCCGCCUCCAUGAUGCUGGAAUCGCCACUCUAUUGCUGGUCACCCGUGAGGACAGAGCACUCACCAGAGCAGUGCAGGUCAACAACACAGCACUGGCCCAAGUAAUUGUCAUUCCCAGCCCUGGAAAUUCACAGUACAAUUCAGUCAUCCAAAAAGUUAUGAACUGCCAUGUCUGCCUAGAUAUAUGUGCUCCAGACCAAAUGUGUGACUAUGUCCCCCCAUCGGGCACCCGAGAUAGAAGGUCUUCCACCUCAGACGUGGACAUCGACAUGGCUUUUGUCAUGGACAGCUCUGAGUCUACCUACCCAACAGUCUUUGCUGAGAUUAAACACUACAUAGCUCACAUAGUGGAGCGGCUUCAUGUGUCUUCAAAUCCCACAUCUUCUGUUCACCAUGCUAGAGUAUCUGUGAUUCAACAAGCACCUUAUGAGUUCCUGUACAACAAGACCGGCUCUCCUAUCCACGUGGACAUUGGCCUGACUGAGCACCACUCAUCUCAAGAUAUUGUCAAAUUCCUGCUGGAGAAGACGCCACAAUUAGAGGGUGGCCGUGCACUCGGAGCAGCGAUCGAAUCAACGGUGGAGCAUGUGUUUGAGAAAGCACCUCUGCAACGUGACAAGAAGGUCCUCAUGCUCUUUGUUACAGGAAGUGUGGAAGAAGAGGAGGAGCAACUGGUGCGUAUUGCCACUGAGGUUAAGUGCAGAGGCUACUUCCUGAUCAUUUUUGCUGUGGGUGAAACUCUGAGUGCCACAGAUGCCCGCGUCUUGUCACGAAUGGUCAGUGAGCCUUCAGAUGUCUUCUUGAAGCGGCUGGACAGCAUCUCACACUUUUAUGACAGACACAUCCAGACCUUUGGCCAAUUGCUGCCCAAGUAUAUUAGCAUUGAAAAUGCUUUCUACAUGUCUCCUGAAGUCUCCAAAAACUGCAAGUGGUUUCAGAGUGACCAGCCACUAAAAACCCCCUUCACAUCAUCACAGCAACAUGAGAAGAAUCAGAAGCAUCAUGAACUUCACCAAGCAGUUCAUCAAAGAAAGCAUAAAGAUACCGAGGAGCUACAUGUCUCAAAUGUCACCUCCAACAGCUUGAAAUUGCGCUGGAGCAGCCCAGACCCCAAACUCUUUGUCUACUUUGAGGUAGCUGUGACACGCUUGCACGACCAUGUGUUGGUGCUGAAGACCAAUGUGUCAGGCACAGAUCUUUCUGUGGACAACUUGGAAAGCGCUCAAACAUAUCAUGCUGUGGUGACUGCUUAUACAGCAGAGGGUCAAAUUGUCUCCACCCGCAAAGGCAUCAUCACUACCAAAGUAGCAGAGCACAAGCCUGUCAGCCAAGGUGGCAGUCCUGUAAAUACCACACCACUGGACAAACCAGAAACUGUGCCAGAGCCUCAGCCAAAGGUUGAACUGGUUGAACAGAAGGAGAUCCUCCCAGCUCCCGCGGCCUCUACAGCUGUGGAUAUUUGCCAGCUUCCUAAAGAAGAAGGUACCUGUGCCAAAUUUGUCCUCAAGUGGCACUAUGACACCCUCAGCAAGAGCUGCACUCGCUUCUGGUAUGGAGGCUGCGGUGGAAACCAGAAUCGCUUCGACACACAUGAGAAAUGUGUGAAAGCUUGUGGAAAACCAGCACCUGUCAACCAAGGCGUCAUUGCUUCAAUAAGAACAUAGAACAAAGGUGACAGACAUGGCCAGCUUUGACCUCUGUGUGGGGGAUACUGAGGAGAACCAUCCAAAAUGGCCAUACUGUAAAGAUGCAAUACCAAAGCAACGGUGGCUGCACUGGAUUCCACAAACAUGAACUUUAUCCCCAACGUUCUUGAAGUAGUCUUUUUAACAACAAGAAAGAAGGCAACACGAUUUGCUGCAUGAUUUGUUUUAACCUACUGGUGCUACAUAGUAAGUUUGUUUUAUAGAUGGACCUGUCAAGUGCAUUCAGUUUUGUAAGUCAACUUUUCUGGAACAAUGACAUCAUAUGAGUUUUCAUAAUUCUUAAAAUGCAUUUUUUUUCUAAAUAAACAAGAAACAUAUAUGAAUAUCUUGGACAGAGAUCAGUUAUAAAUCAGUACAUGCAGGACUGGCAUUACACAAUGCAGUAAUCAGUUGUUGUUGUUGUUGUUGUUUUUUAACUUUUUUUUUUUGUAUUUUUUACAUUCCACAUUCACAUAGUAACAUUGGUUUAUCAUGUUUUAAACUCACUUGAUCCCUGUGGAAUCAUCACGUCACUAUUUCACAGUCACAGAAUCCACAGCAAUGUUUACACAGGUCAUGUAAGGCAGUGUGUGUAUUUAAAUGACAGCGACCAACUGCUCAGAAGCAAACAUUAAUGUAAUGUUAAGUGCACUUUUGGAUCCAUUGCCUCGAACACAUGAUUUCCAGCUAUUAAAAGGGAAUGUACUUGUCAAGUUGUUAUUUUUUGUUUUAUUUGGAUUUGCUGAAAUUUCUGUUUCAUCUGGGUAACGGAAAUAAAAAUGAAUUAGACUUUCUAAUAAACAUGAGCAACUGA